AUGGCCAGCGUAUGGGGCAUCGCCCGCACGGCGGGUCGGCACGCCACAGCGCGAUUACGGCCUGCGACGACAACGACCUUCUCUCACAAUAGCUUCGGCCGCUGCGCAUCGCGCCAUGCCUCUUCCUCACAAUCACAACCGCCGUCCUCUACAGUAGCACCGUCAGACCCGGUGUUCGAAGACCUCGAGCUUGACUCGUCGUUCCUGACUCCCGAGCAGCCCGAGACAGCGAAUAUGCUGCCGCCCCGCGAGCGCGCCAAGCAGCGGACAUCACGGCUACCGGGAUCCAGAUACCAAUUCCAUCCACCCAAGUACGACCGCGGCCCGCUGCACCCCAUCCAGUCGCCCGCGUCGUCCGACCCCACUGCGCGUGACUUUGUUCCGGGGCCGUUCCACAUGAACCGCAUCCGCCAGACCUACAACACCACCAUCGCGUCCGACCUCAUGACCCUCACGUACAUGCACGUCCCCCCGGGCACCGAGAAAGUCCCGACCCCGCAGCGCCUGCGCAGCUGGGACGGCUCGUCCCCUUACCACAAGAACCGGCCCCUGCGCGGCCCCCGCGGCGACCCCGUGCUGCGCCCGCUGGAGAAGCCCAUUACGUUCCGCAACAUCCCCGAGCUCCGGUCCAUCACGCUCGCUGCCUUUGUGCCGCAGGCGGCCAAGGAACCGGAUCGGCUGAUUGUGGCACGCAUGGUGACGCAGGCCAUCACGGGCGUCGUGCCGACGGUGACGACGGUCAAACACAACGUGUCGCAGUGGGGCAUUAUCAAAGGCCAAAAGGCCGGCGUCAAGGUGACGCUGUACGGCAACGAGGCGUACGACUUUUUGGACAAGUGCAUCCACCUGGUGCUGCCGCGGAUCAAGGACUGGCAGGGCGUCAAGGGCAGCACGGGCGACAGCGCGGGCAACCUGGCGUGGGGUCUGUCGGGCGAGGCCACGGCGCUGUUCCCCGAGAUCGAGGCCAACUACUCCAUGUACCCGGCCAAGAUGAUUCCUGGCUACCGCAUCUUUGUGGAGACGACGGCCAAGUCGGACCGGCAUGCGCGCCUGCUGCUGGGCUCGUUCGGCCUGCCCUUCGUCGGCGAGCUGCGCGACUAG